AACCACUCCCCCAGUCUGUCACAUCAUUCAACACAGCAAUUCACUGGUCAACAUCAUCUAAUUCAUUUUCAUUGCGAUAUCCUUCUAAUCCUAAAUCUUCCUCAAUCUAUCUCUCCUCGAGCAGUCUAGUGACCCGGAAAGUCUUCACUAAACCUACGACCUGCGGAAGCUCAGUCAGUGCCAGUCCGAACCGUGUAAUCAGGCCAUUGAUUCUCUCCAACGAACUUCCACCAUGUCCAAAUCAUCAAAUGACAUCAGUAGUAGGCGCUUCCAGUUGCAACAGUGCCUCGAGAGAUCUUUUCAGGCUAGCGUGCUUGCAAGCUGUUACAGUGUGAACACCACCGCCUCCACGGUCACGGGGUUCCACUACUGCACUACAGGGCACAGUGGUAUCCCUGAGGUCCCCUCGGGAUAUAAAUCGCCUUCAUCUCCUCCCCUCGAUCUGUCCCUCCUCCCUGGUCUGGGAGUCAGCUGGUCGGGAAACAGCUUAUCAGAGCAUAAAGGGGAGGCAGCGCAUGCUAUCCCGGAAGAGUGUGAGAGGCUCUUCUGCGAACAUAUGUCAGUGAUUUUCCUUGGUGAGAGGAGAUUCAUUGGACAGGAUUCGCCUGGAAUAGGUGCGUAUCAAAGUCGACCAGCUAUUGCCGAGUCCGAGCACACGCCGAUUCAACAUUGGCUUGAGGUUUUGGACUACACGAAUGACAUCACUUAUCGAGGCUUUGUGGCCAGCACGAGUGAUGGCCAACCAACCGUGUUCGUGUUCUUCGACCAAGCUUUGGGCCACAGCCUUAAAACAGGAUUGGUGGCGUUAUUCGAGCUCGCAAGCAUUAGCAUAUUUGGAUGCUCCCAAAUUGUUGCCUGCAUACCGCGUUCGCGGGAUACAGUUGAGCUCGAAAUAGUCAGGAAUUUUGGGUGGUGUGGAUUUAGCCUGACUACCCUUCAGCAGUGGAGUGUCGGAAAUGCUCCUUAUUCUCUAAGUGAUAGAUGGCUCUUUCUACUCGCCGAGAUAAGAAGUACGAACGCUCAUAGCUUAGCUUUGAUGUUUCCUAAAUUUCUUCUUUAUUCAGGUAUCGUUCGCCCCAAACACCGCGGACUGUCCUCUGAACUCGGCCAGAUACCUUGUUCGGACGAGAGAAACAACAACGGCAAUGAGAGAAUAUUGAAUGGUCAUGUGUCCUGCAUUCGAUGCUCUCAUUGCGCAGCAGAUCUAUGCUUGACAUCGCAGAUAAUUAGCAAGGGCUUCACCGGCCGGCAUGGCCGUGCAUUACUUGUAUCUGCAGAAACGGUUGCCAGUGCAAUUUCUAUUAGUGCAUCUUCUGCAACAACUGAAUGUCUGCCAAAUACCAUCGUACAGAAGCCCGUCUUCAGAAGAUUAGUGACUGGUGCGCACACAGUGAGCGAUAUAAACUGUGCGCUCUGUGGAACGGUGCUUGGCUGGAAAUAUGUCUCCGCAGAGGAGGAAUCACAGCGGUACAAGAUCGGGAAGUUCAUCCUAGAGACUGAGAAGAUUACAAUAUCUUCAGUCUGGGAGUCUGCUGACUUGCCUACUGAUCCUCCUGUUUCAUAUCCCGAAGGGCCUAGGCCCAAAUUAUCGGCAAAACGCAUGGAAUUUGAUAGCCAGGACGAGGAUGAAUGCGAAGACCUUUUCGCAGGAAUCUGGAGUCCUGGCCUUGCCAUGCGCCGAAGAAGUCGCAAACUCGAUCAUGAUUCACCUUUAUCCAGACUCACCCCGUCAUGA